CGGUUUAAUGGCUUCAUUAAAAUACACAAUACAUUAAACAUCGACAGAUGAAAGUCAGAAUCAUAAUAAUAAUAUUAACUGCAUUUUAUUUCCUAGCAAUGAACAUAUUUGGGUAGUCCAGAACCCUUAAAAACAUGAAACUAUUGUAAUAAAAUUUGAUUUUCCUUGUAAAAUCAAAGAAUUCAUAAUAAGUAUAAAUUAGUCUUAGCGUUUAGCUACAAAAUCUUGUUCUUAAGUAAAAAUCUCAUUAUAUAAUAUUACAGAAGAUAAUGUAAAAAUCUAAUUGAAGCAAUUAGAAAAAGUUAAUUUUAUGACUCAAAAUUAAGUGAAAAAAGUUCCUAAUCCAGAUUUUGAGGAUAAUUCAUAUCAAUAUGCUGAAAUAAUAUUUUUUAGUUAGAAUGAUGAAUUAUCCAUUAAACAUUUAUAAGUUUUAGGCUUAUCAAAUUAAAAUCAAACAUUAUCAUAAUAUCCAUUAUUGUCUGAAAAUAGCCAUAUCAAAUAACCAAUUAAGAAAAACUAAUUUUAAUUAAAUAAAUCAUCUGAAAAAGAAUCAUUAUUAAUAAUUGAUCAAUCAUCUGCUCUUAAAAUUAAUCCAAUUAAUUAAAUUAGUUAAAGAAGUGCUUAAAUGAUAUAAAAAUCUUAAUAAUCAUCUUUGUUUAAUAAAACUCAAUAAUAAAAAAAGCAAAUCAGUGAUAAAUAGGUUGAAGAUUAAUCUUUUUAAAAAGCAGUUGAAGAAAGUCUUAAAAUGCAUAAAAGAGAAUAAUAGUAAAAAUAAGAAUAAUAGGAUUUUGAAAUAGAAAAAUAACUAGAUUAAAUGUAUUGUGAGGAAGAAAAAGAUAAUAAUAAUAAAAAUUAAAAUAUUUUUAAUUCUUAUGAAUCACUAAAUAAAUAAUUAGAUGAAGCAUUAAUUAAGGAAUAAAAAUAUUCAUAAUCAUAAUCAAAAAUUAAACAAUAAUUAUUUUCAACAUUAAAUGAAGAAAAAAAUGAUUUAAUUAAAGUAUAAAUUGUGAAUGACAAUUUUAUUCAUGAUUAAGAAGAAGAAUAAAUGAUUUAAUAUCAUUCAACUAUGAUCAAUUAAGAAUUUGUUUAAUUCCACAAAGCUUUGGAAGAAUCCUAUUUUAGAAGUUCAAGUUUAUUCAAUUAUAUCAAUUAAUAAUUCAAACCAUUAUAAAAUUAGCAAGUUUUUAUUGUUAAAGAUACAUUAACCGAAUUUGAAUAUAAAAGAUUUGAAUUAAAAGUGAUUAAUUUAGGAGGAACUGUUGUUAAAUCAGUUACUAAUAAUACUACUAUCAUAAUUUCUGAUAAAGCUGUACAAUUAGAUAACAAGUAUAUAAUUAUUAUUAAAAUUAGAAAAUAUAAUAUUUAUGUUUUGAGUACUAAAUUUUUGGAAUCUUGUAGUCAAGAUAAAUGGCCCAAAUUUGGAAAGUAUGAAGUAAAAUGA